AUGAGACAAUAUCUCGAAUAUCUUGCACCACCAUUCGUAUUUGAUAAAGAUUUAUUAGUACGGUUAAUACGUGAUAUAGCUGAUUAUUUUGUUCUCGAAAGCAAACGUCUACUUGCAGCUAAACCUCCAAAAAAUUCCGCUGCUUACAAUCGUCUUAGUUGGGCAUAUACACUUUAUGAUCGAUAUCGAACAAUGGAAGAAAAUCCAUUAAAAAAAGAAUUCAAUGAAGUCAAUAAUCUUCUCUCAUUAGUAGAACUAGAGAUAAAACAUUCAUUAUCGAACGAUGAAAAUUAG